AUGCCCCGAAUCGACUCUGGUACCCAGACAGAGGAUCUCUUCCGGCCUAAAACGCCGCUCCAAAUGCUCAUGAAAAACGCUAUGAGCCAGGAGUUCCGUGCUCCAACUCCGGCCAUCGAGAUUCCUGAUGCCGAGGAUCCACAUGCCAAACAGUUGAGCCGUGCAAGAAGCGUUAGACGAAAGCGCCGUCAGACCAUACGUGAUGCUGAGGAACUCGUUGCUGCUGCUGUCGUAAUCUAUGCCGCAGCAGAGGCCCUCAGCCCGCCUGGAAGUCCGCCGCUAGCAAGUAAUCUCGAGAAGGAAUUGGCAAAAGAGGAGGAGCCUGUUGUUUUGUCUUUGUCUGACUCGACGGCCCAAGGGGCUGUCGUGGAAAAUAGCAUUGGAGAAGAAGAUGCGCUUCGUAAAUCCGUUGCUGACCUCUUGGCAGAAGACAAGUCUAGGGAACUGAACGCGCGCUCUAAGAAGGAGCGAACUCCUGAAGAACAGGCUGCUCAUGACAAGCGCAAGGAACGUCGUCUCGCCCGCGAGAAAGAGAGACUCAAUGACUCGUCGCCUUCCAAGUCACCAUCCAAGUCAUCGAAAGGCAAAGAACCGGAAACAGAGAAGUCCUCGAGUCACAGAAGUUCCAGGAGACAUAGUCAUGCCAGCGCCACCGUAACCAAGGAAGACUCACCAGUACCUCCACCUAAGAAGUUCUUUGAUAUGAAGAAUGGGCAGAGUGUACUUCAAUCUAACUUUGGUCCUCGAGAGGGUUCCGUAGACAAGGAAAUCGCUCGCCCAGAGCUACCUCAACGAUCAAACACAACUCGAUCAGCCAAAGGCGGAGUGCGAAAGUCCGUCGAUGCCAGCCGUGCCAAGCUCCAGAAGACUCGUGAUGAGGGCUCAGAAGAUGCCAAGGAAGCCACAGCCGCCGAAUCAUCAGACGCCGGUCCUGGAGAUGCCCCUGCAGCUGGAGACGAACACCGGAAGAAUAGACAAGAAAGGAGACAAAAGGAGGGUGGGAAGGAUCACAGCAAGCCCGGGUUCCGUGCUGUCAUCAAGCGGUUCUUCACUUCGUAA